CUAAUGGAACAGCACCACAUGAAUAAUUUUGUAAAACCUGUGUGGACUUUAUUUGACUAUAUUUCAUAUCGUUUAAAUACUUUGACGUUAAUAGUAACUGACAGUUUCGACAGAAACUUUGCUAAAGGGAUGACUGCCCCUUUAAGAGCGGCGACCAGCUGCUCAGCGCCCAAUCGCGGCGCGUAAACUGAACUUUGUUGUUGUCAGCAACUAAGAGCUAACUGUUAGCUAGCGUUAGCCGGACACCGAGCUAAACAGGCGAUAUCUUGCACCCCAUUCGUCCUAAUAACGGAGGAAAGCACGGUAACAUUUAGCUUGGACAGCUACGAACGUAAACAAGUCGCUUCCAUCAGGAUUUCGCCUCCGAUAUCAACAAAAAUGACAUCUGCGCUGUCUGAUCCAACCCUAGAAAGACAUUUCAAGGGUCACAGGGACACCAUAACAAGUGUGGACUUCAGCUGCAACAUGAAACAAAUUGCCACAGGCUCCAUGGAUUCCUGUGUGAUGAUCUGGAACAUGAAACCUCAGAUGCGAGCGUAUCGUUUUGAUGGACACAAAGACGCCGUCCUUUCCGUCCACUUUUCCCCAUCAGGCCAUCUGGUGGCCUCUGCCUCCAGAGACAAGACUGUACGUCUUUGGGUGCCAAGCAUGAAGGCUGAGUCAACAGUAUUCAGGGCUCACACUGCCACUGUGCGCAGUGUUAACUUUUCUGGUGACGGACAGACUCUGGUCACGGCCUCUGAUGACAAGACAAUUAAAGUGUGGACAACACACAGGCAAAAGUUCCUCUUCUCUCUCAACCAGCACAUCAACUGGGUCCGCUGUGCCAAGUUUUCUCCAGAUGAUCGCUUGAUUGUGUCAUCCAGUGAUGAUAAGACCAUAAAGCUGUGGGACAAAAACAGCAGAGAGUGCAUUCAUUCUUUCUAUGAACAUGCAGGUUAUGCAAACUAUGUGGACUUUCAUCCCAGUGGAACAUGUAUUGCUGCAGCUAGUACUGACAACUCUGUCAAGGUGUGGGACAUCAGAUCGCAUAAGAUGCUACAGCACUACCAAGGUAAAGACACAGCGAUAAUAUUUAAAACCGUAAUCGUUCUUUCUGGUCUUUUUAAGGAGUGAAACCAGAGUUUACACUCAAAUGGGACAUUUUUUAGCUUCAUAGCAACACAGUUAUUUUCAUUAAUUAGUCACAACCACAUCAAUUCUAAAGACAUACUUAAAUAUUUAAAGAAUCACUGAAUGCUUUAUCACUCUCAGUUUAGUCACUCCUGAUGCCUUAUAUAGAGCUUUAUUCUGAAACACCAGUUCAUCAUAUGCUGAGUCAGUCCCAUAGAAACAACAAAAGCCACAGUUUUUGUUUGUUUUAAUGUAUGGUACUUUUGGCCAAAGUUUAGACAUCUGCUCUCAGAAAUUGCAGUACAGCCAAAGUACCUUUGAAUCAUUAUGUUAAAGAGAAAUUACUGAAAUCGCACACAGGCAAAUUUAUAUUAAUGGCAAGGAAUGUUAUUGAUCUUUUCCAUAUUCAUUAAACUUAAUGUUGAUGACUUUUUAUCAGUCUUGCAUUCAGGCUGGUUGCUCUAAUUGCCUCCCUUAAAUGGAUUUCAGUUGUUAGGUCUAAUAAUGGAUAAUUACAUAUGUCUGAGGAGAUUUGGUAUGAAGAUAGAAGCUUCUCCUCCUCCUCUUUCAUUUUUUUUCUGGCCCUACUUUCCAUACUGGAGUUAUUUUGUCAUUUUGCUAACUUAAAGUGUAAAAAUGGGAGUGGCUAGUGUUAGACACACAUGGGAGUGAAUACUGUUUUUAGACAUCAAAUGAUUAAUGAAUAGUUUUUGGUCCUGAUAAGCAACCUUUAAUGAAAAAUUGUUUAGGGGUUUGUAUGAAUAAGCCAAAAUCAAUAGCAGUAACAUAGCAAAUGGCAGUGGCACAUUGGUAUAUUUAUGUUAACCAUCUGUGCACAUUAUUUGGUAAUUUAUUGAACUGGUUUGUUUCCAUGAGGCAGAGCCAUACUAUACAAACACCCACUGCUCUGUGCUCUUUCAUAGCUAUUCAGCAUCUUUUCCCAGCUUGUGGUAUCAGGAUGCCUGCAAGUGUGUUGUAGCCUCUGUAAGCCAGGAGAGGGACCUAUUGCUUGCUAAUUUGUCAGCUGCUGAUUCAUGUAUGGCGGGAUUGUUUAAGUCUAGGGAGGUCACGAUUAGUUCUUUGUUCUUAAGGCAACUUGAUGUAUUAGUGUGUGGUAAUAAAAAGCUGGUGUUAAGCCGUUCUCAGUUAAGCAGGAUUUGCAGCAGUGUGAUGUGCAGCAGCACUACACUUCAAUGGCAGCUAAUUUAGUCCUUUGAGGUAAAAGUGCCUUUAAGCAAGAAUUUCUCAUUUUCACAGCUCAAAGCAGUGCUUGUGUUGCUUUAAAACA